AUGGGGGGGCGCCAGGGCCUCCACGACCUGCUCCCGUCUCUCCUCGCCAACGUGCUCAUCGGCCACGGCGGGAGUAUCCGGACGCUCCGGCUCGAGAAUUGCAAGACCACGGUUAAGGUUAUGCGAGAACUGUCCAGGCAAGACGUGCCGAGGGUCGAGGAGCGCGGGGCAACUGCUAUGCGGUGCUGCUGCGCGCAAUGUCCCUUAUUCAAUUCCUUGCCAGAGGCGCAGCGGACCUGGAGUGAAGUUUGCGCUCGACGCCUGGAGACCCUCGAGAAUCACUUGAUCGAAUCCCCUGCAUCCAUUGUUAGUCUCGACAACAGCCACCGUAGCCACCGGGUUGGCUUCUGGUUGGUGCCUCACACCGAGCGAUACGCAAUUACCGCUUCGACAACUCACCAAAGCCGGGCGGCGCAAACAUCGGAAGCCCUAGCCAGCGACCGGAAGAGAGACGUUCUGGCGUUUCCAUUCCUCGCCAUCGAGUUCAAAUGCACUGGUCCCUCUGGGAGCAAUCUCUGGGUGGCAGAAAAUCAAUGCCUCGGGGCAUCUGCAUCCUGUGUCAACAUUGCUGAACGUCUCAGUCGCCAGUUGGCCAGCAUCGACCACGAGAAACACUUGGGUGCAUCAGCCAGCGAGACCUCUCCGUGGCUCUCGAGAUUGACGAUCCACCCCACCACGUACACGUUCUGGCCCGAAAAGCAGGCGUUGCCCAAGCCUUUUUGGACAUUCCUGCAGGUCACGUACGUACAGGACGUGUAUUUCGGCGGCCCACACGUCGCUGGGAAACGAUUGCCCGCAGAACACGCGGACAUAGUUUCCCGAGGCUGGGCUUGGUUCGAGAAGGACUUUAUGGACUUGCAAAUCUGCGACAGGUGGGAUGCGCCGUGGGAGCCCAUCAGCCAAGAGCUGCGCUCCGGUUUGCGCCACGCAAUCUAUGGCAUCUCGCAUGGGCAGCUCUCGGAUGGCUGUUCGAUCAGCUAUAUGCACGGGGCGUCUGAUAAGGGUACAUGGGACUGUAUAUCAGGUCCAGCCAGAGGCCUGUUGAGCCUGGCGGGGGCUCCCGCAGCACCAGGAGGAGGAGGAGCACCCUGGUGGUCUCACCAGCCUCCUGCAACCGACAAGCUGAUAUCACGGCUCAUUGCUUGUGGAGUCGUCCGCGGCUCCGGCUCACCAUCCACAAAGAGCAAUGCCUGGAACAAGGGAGACCGGCACUUCGCCGCGCAUCCGCCGGCACACAGAAGCGCGGCUCUACAAGCUGUGGGUUGUGGAAUGAGCAAGCAAGGUGGUGGUGCUAAGCGCCGGGAGGAUGAUUGGGCGCGGAUUCCGUCCUCGGGGAAACCCCCAAGGUGGGCUACAGUUGGGCCGCCUCUGAGCGGCCGGCCGGCCACAAAGGCGGCGGCGGUAACAGCCCAGACAACCGCCGUCCGGCGGUAA